GGGGUUUUCAAUACGAUAUCAGAUACAACAAUGGUGUUGUUGCCGCAGAGGGUGAUCUGGAAGCUGAACAUGUCAAGGUGGAGGAGGGUUGGACUGUCGACCAUUUUCUUGUUUGGGAUUUUGGCUUGCAUCGUGUCGCUUGUUCGUCUAUACUGCUGUGCUCGAGUUUUCAAGAGCCACGAUUACACAUACUACACCCUCCUCAUGGCCCUAGGAUCGUUCCCGGAGAUGACAGCAGGCUUUCUCGUCAUCUGUCUCCCGCUUCUGCUGAAGUUCGUCCGUAGU